CAGUAAACCACCUGACGCUUAUGGCAGCUGCUACGCGUCGCGUCGAUUUAUCGGAGUUGUCACAAAUGGUGUGGAGCGUCCACCGCAAAUCUCGUAGGGCUUUGCAACGAGUGGAAACCGCAUAUUCGCAGUGAUUAGUGCUCGAAAACCACAAAAUGAAAGUCUUCAUAUCCCACAUCGAUAGCCCCCUCGGACACAACCUCUCCCGCCACUUCUCCACCACCCUCGUCGGCUCCCGCCGUCCCGAAGAGGAGCCCAGCGACGAAGAGGAGGAGGACGCACCCGUCGCCGAGAAACCCAAAGAGAACGAAAACUAUAUCAUCUCCGGAACGCUGCAGGAUGCGGAUCCGGGCCUCGCGGGAUUUCCGCCACCGAGGCCGGGGCUGAUGGUGGAGACGGGGGAUAGAAAGGCGGAUAAGGCGAGGAGGGAGGCGAUUGCGAGAUUUAAUGUUGGAGGGGAGAAGCCGAAAUGGGUUGCGGAAGUUGUUGAGAAGAACGACCGCGAAGCGCUAAAACAAGCAUUGCUGAGCGCAGACGUUAUCGUCUACGACAUCGUCGCAUGUCUCGACGAGGCAACAUGGGCAUUAGAAACCCUAAGCGCCGAAGCCGACACAUUCCUCGACUGUCCUAAAACCUUUAUCGGCGUGUCCAGCGUGCUCACAUGGGCAAAGACCAAAAUCGAUCCAGAUGAUCCUGAGGCGUUUAUUGGAGAAGAUGAAUACCGCCGACGGCGGCCACAUCCUAAUUUCAAAGAUCAUUUGGCGUUGGAGAAGAAUAUCAUCAAGGCCGGGAAGAAGAGCGCGUUGAGGACGUAUGUCCUUGCUGCUGGGUUGGUGUAUCAUACAGGGGAUAGUAUCUUCCAUCCGUUUUUGAAGAUGGCAUGGCAUAACAAGGACCUGACGUGCUACGGGGACGGGGACAACAUCCUCCCGAUGAUCUACAUCGACGACUUAUGCGGAAUCAUCGUCGACACCGCCGAGACCCUUCCCGAAUCGCGGUACAUGCUCGCCAUUGACGAUUCGAAGCACUCGUUGUACGAGGUUUUGAGGGCGAUCAGCGAAACACUGGGAACUGGAAAAGUGCACAAGGCAUCGAAAGAGGUCGCGCUGUUGAAUCCCGACAUCCCGCAAUUGAAUUUCGACCAAUUGCUGGUGAAUCUAAGGCUUGACCAGGGCCACGUGAAGGAAAUGUCGUUUGGGUGGAAGUAUGAGUCUGGGCUGAUAGAAAACCUGCCACGGUUCGUGCAAGAGUACAAAUAUGCUCGCGGCCUGACCCCGUUGCGGAUAGUGGUCCACGGCCCGCCGGCGUCUGGAAAGACAUUGUUCUCGGAGAAGUUGGCGGAGCACUAUGCGAUUCACUUGGUCGAUGUUGAGAAAGUGCUCGCGGAAGCAAUCGCACGGCUGGAGCGGCGAGCAAACGGCAACCUGACAGAGGAAGAGCAAGAAGACGACAUCGACGCCGACCGCGAGCUCCUGGAGGAGCUUAAAGAGGCUGCCAGAGCGUCGAAUGGGAAAUACCCCGAGGAACAUAUCACAAAUUUUGUGCGUGAUAAAUUGCGGUCGAUGCCGUGUAGGAAUCAGGGUUACGUUAUUGAUGGGUAUCCGACGACUACGGAGGAGGCGAGGGAGCUUUAUCGAUCCGCGGAUGAUGACGGAGGUGACGAGAAGGGACCGGUGAAGAUAGACGAGGUCAUUGGGCCAGAUCAUGUCAUCUCUCUGGACAUAUCCGAUGAAGUCAUCAAGGAGCGGGCUAUGCAUUUACCCGAAUCCGCCGCUGGGACAAAGAACUCCGAGGAAGCCCUCACGCGCCGCCUAGAAGAGUACCGUACCCACAACACAGACGAAACCACCGUCCUCAACUUCUUCGACGAGGCCGAAGUUCACCCAUUCGUGGUGUCCACCGAAGCCAACGGCGUGGAAGCCGUAAUGAGCAUUCUGACGAAGCAGAUUGGCCCAGCUCACAACUACGGCGCCACCAUCGAGCAAUUGGCGGAGCAACGACGGGUGGAGGAGGAAGCGCGGACGAAAGAGGUCGCUGCGGCUGAGGAGGAACGCUUGAAGCGGGAGAAGGAGGAUUCGGAAAGGCAGAGUAAAGCUGUUGCGGAAUGGAACGCACGACUUGAAGAGGUUCGGAAACAGGAGGCAGAAGUUCUAGAAGCACAGUCUGUGCCUCUGAGAAACUAUUUGAUGAAAUAUGUCAUGCCGACUCUCACAUCUGGCCUCAUCGAGGUGUGCAAAGCUCGACCAGAGGACCCCGUUGACUACCUUGCGGAGUUUCUGUUCAAGCACAACCCUGGAAAUGCAUGAUAGGGAGGGAAAGAAUCCGUGUAUAUGUACACUGUGCAUCAUAUGUCAAAUGACUAUCCACCACUGUAUACAUAUCGUUGCAAACCUUGGCUUCUUGAGCGUUGCUGCAUGCCACAUGUCCAUUCGUAUG